GGGUUACAUAUGCCAAUUUUUAAAUUUUUUAAGUUUUUGGUCCCAAUUCAGAGACUUUGUAGGUACGGAGGUAACCCAGCAGGAAGUCAUGUUGCUUCAAACUUGCUAGAGUAAUGGUUGGCUUUAAAGUAAAGAGAUGCAAGAGAUCAUGAAGCUUGUGAUGGGCCCAUUUUCCUGACCUUAUAGUACAUUUUUAGUACAAUCACAGGGAAGUCUGAAGUUUUAAAGGACAGCUGACUGGAUCCUCCUCAGUUGGAUUUUGGCUGCAUCUUGCAAGUCCUCCCCUCGGGGAGCACACAGUGAGGCAAGUUCUUUGCCGUACAUUGUGGAAUAGCGGCCUGGUGACUGCAGGCCGGGGACUCACUAAAGCAUACUUAGAAAGAGCGGGUACAGAGUGUUAAAGGAGGAGGUUGCAGAGCGGCAGAGUGGCACGUGCAAGCCCACAGGUGGAAAUUUCUUCCGUGGCUCAAUCCCCUGCCUUAACUCACUUCUCUGCGGACCUAUCUCCAUCUCUGUAAGAUGGAAAGACAUUAAAAGCACCGCCUCCACCUCUCCAACUUUGAGAAGUAACUUGUCUUCGCGCAGGGACCAUGUCGGCGGAGACCGCGACCGGCCCCACGGAGGACCAGGUAGAGAUCCUGGAGUACAACUUCAACAAGGUCGACAAGCACCCGGAUUCCACCACGCUGUGCCUCAUCGCGGCCGAGGCCGGCCUUUCGGAGGAGGAGACCCAGGUGCGUCCCCACACGCGCCCAGCGCGCCCGGACCCCUGCCAGAGCUGAGCCGUCUCGCGGCUGGGCGUUCCUGGUCGUCUGUGCCUCCCGCCGGGCUGCCCUUCCCCCGAUCUCCCAUCGCUUCUGCCCGCAUCCGGGGGCCCAGACCCUGCAUGGCUCCCACUGCCGCCUCCCCGCUUCCCCGUUCCCGUGGGCGCCCAGUCUCCCCGCCACCCCCAUCCAGCUGUGGUUCCCCGGGAGCUGCAUAGAAACCCCGUGGUCACCAGUCCUUGCCUUUCCACUCUCCCCGGCAGCCCGGAAUACACGCUUUCUCCCUCUGCGAGUUGGGAGCAGCGUCUCUCGCCUGUCCCUGUUUCGCCUUCCCGGCUCUGUCCCUCUGGUCUGUCUGUGAAACCUUCGGGAAGAUCUAUUCUAGGCGGGAAUGUCAGAGCUGGAAGGCUCCCCAGAGACCAGCUAGCCAUAAAUUCAGUCCUCCGGUUUGGCGAACCAGGAGGCUGAGCCCAGGAGGGAGGGCGCUGUCAGGAUGGCAGGAGCCGUGAAGCUUGCUCUCUCCACCACAUCACACUGCAGCGUCCCCCGAGCUGCAGAACUCACACUGCAGAAAGCCAGGGAGAUGUGGUUCCGAUUUUUUAAAAAAUUGCCCAGCUCUAAGGUUUAGAGGCUUUUCGGGGCGUUUUAUAAGACGGUAGAUAGCUGACAUUUCAGCUGACGGGAGCGGCAGCCAAUGUCCUCCUAAGUGCAUUCAUUGACUUAUCUAUUUUUUAAAUGCUCCUAUAUUAUCCCGAAAAAUGCCAGGUAAAGAAUGCAACACUACCUGUGGUUGUUCACCACAGGUGCAAUGUUGGAGCCUUUAGCUGACUUUUAAAACCCGUCUAAACUCCGACUUCUCUUUUCUCUUUGGUCAUGGAAAGACAAUCCUUUAAGCAUGAUAGACUACUUGGAACUGAUCUAGCAUCUCUCCUGUGGGUCCCCAAAGCACUUCACACUUCUAACCUCAACUCUAAAGCAGAGACGUUCUUAUUUUUCCUAUUUUAUAUACCAGAGCAUCAGGCACUUGUCCUGUCACCAUGAGCCAUGCUCAGUUGAGGUUU